GUAGUUCGUAUUUCACAGGGAAGAUCCUUUAUUGCUGAUUCUUCCAAAACCACUCGUCCCUUGAAUCAGGAUGUAUCAACUUAUGAAGAAAUUAAUGCACUUUACGAUUCAAUUACGUAUGGCAAAGCGGCUUCUGUGAUUCACAUGAUGUCCAAUUUCCUGACUCCCCAAGUCUUUCACGAUGGACUCAUCAGAUACUUAAAGAAUAAUGCCUAUAAGGCGGUCACGCCCGAUGACCUUUGGAGAGCCUUACAAGAGGUAUCUGACGAAUAUGAAAUUCUGCCCCCUGAGAUUUGCCUUAAAAAGGUGAUGGACACGUGGGUCGAGCAGCCUGGAUUUCCACUGAUCACUGUCACCAGGGAUUAUUCAACCGGAACAGCUGAUAUCAGUCAGGAACGAUAUUUUCAAUCCGGUGCUAGUGAUGACGGUACCAGAUGGUGGGUUCCUAUCAGUUACACAACUCAGUCUGAUCUAGAUUUUUCAUCAACGUCACCUCGCGAGUGGAUCCCUCAAGGAGAAGAUAAUAUAGUCCUAAGCGGAUUUGAGUCAACUGAUUGGACCAUUUUCAACAUACAACAAUCAGGUUUCUACCGGGUCAACUAUGAUGAAACAAAUUGGAAAUUAAUAGCUAAUUAUUUGGACAGUGACGAUUAUGUAAACAUUCAUCCCGUCAAUCGUGCACAACUCAUGGAUGAUUCUUAUAACUUAGCUAUUGCCAAUCGUAUCAACUAUUCAACAUUUUUGGAUAUUUCGACUUAUAUUCGUCGUGAUGUCGAUUAUAUUCCCUGGUAUUCGCUGUUGGGCGCUGUUGAUGAUUUGUAUGCAAAACUAGCAAACACCAGAAGUUUCUCGUUAUUCAAGAGAUUUUUCGUGGAAAGUUUUGAAAAAUCUGUUGUUACUCUCGGAUAUGACCAGCACAAUGACGAUGAACAUCUUACAAAGCUUCACAGAUCAAAUAUGUUAAGGUAUGCCUGCUCUCAAGGCAGUAAAGAAUGCAGAUCCAAUGCAACUGCAAGGCUGGUUGCAUAUUUGGACGAUCCAAUUGCAAACCCGUAAGU